AUGAAUUCUCAAGAUCAAUCAUCUGAUCAAGCUCUGGCUCAAGAUCAAUCUAAUGAUCAAGCUCCGGUUCAAUCCUCUGAUAUUCAAACCCCAGUUGAUUUCACACUUUUCCCACAAAUUCCCCUAGACAUACGAGUCAUGAUCUGGAAGCUCACUUUAACUCCUCGUUUGUUGAAUAGACGGAUCUUGAGCGUUAACAGCGACCAACCUCUAACUUCUAUUAACAUUCCUUCUUUACUUGGUGUUAAUGCAGAGACUAGAUAUGAAUCCCUAAAAUGUUACCAAAACAUAGCAAUUUCGGCCGAGCGUCUUCAGGAUUUAAGACUUUUAGGGGAUUAUUGGGUUCCAAAGGGAGAGAAACUUAGAAUUCUCUUCAAUUCUGAAAUUGACACUAUAGUCGAUGAAUAUCUUCGUUGUGAUACUUACGUACCUAGCAGAGAUACUAAUUUAUUAUGGCGGCCAGAGUGUCCACUACUCAUAAACCCAGACUUUGUCAAGAAGGUUCAAGUAUCUCCCGAUGUUUUCAUGAAUUCUUUUAGUCAUGUGAUGCGGGCUUCACCUUUUCUACAUUUUUAUUAUCACUCAUUUGAGGACAUUAGAUUUAGGAGGUACGAUCCAAAUCGGACCAUAUUCACAAACUUGCUGUAUAACAAUUUGAAUGAGUUUAUUGUUCAGGAUUUUGAUUGUGUUCGUCCACAUAAGUUUGAUUCUCCGAAUAGGAGAGCCAUGUGGAAAAAUGUUUUGAAAAUCAUGUUCAAGGCCGAAACAACUCGCACUUUGAAAGCCCACAUUCAAGUCUCAAUUCCAAAAAUCAGGAUACGUCCGGGUGCAAAGGUAGGCCUUUGUGAUCGUUGCACUGUUCGAUUCACCCCAUGGACCGAGUGGCCAUUGGAAAUUAUCCGCCUACCCAGAAUGGUAAGCCGACGAACAAGAAAUUGA